GAUGGGAUGACUUUUCAUUUUUUAUUAUGUAUCGCUUAACUUUGUUUCCACUUUACAUCAAUCAUAUUUUAACCUUUCCGGGGAGGAGGGGGAAAACUGCGUAUGAUAGGUAAAAGAAGAUUCUGGUAUGUGACCGAAAGGGAAUAAGAGGAAAGACUCCGGUCCCGCCAGUCCUUUCAGUCAGUCAGUCAGUCAGUCAGUCAGCCAGAGUGUACAUACAGUAAGCCCCCCUCCCCAGACGUUACCAGGGAGAAAGAGCAGCGAGCAGGACAGAAAUUUAAAAAAGAAAAGGGCCUCGACUCGACUCCACUGGCAAAACUGGUCGGGCAGCUGACCUUUCCAGUGGGUCCGGGUCUGACGGCAAUCCGUGGAAUGUUCGACGCCGGGGGUCGUCCGCCCAGUCUGGCUGCCCUCACGAUUCCUGGGAAAUGCCCUCCGUUUUCCAAGUUCUUGCCAUUCGCGGCCAGUAACUCCCCUUUGUCGCAAACAGAGUUCAGUCCUCGUCUUUCUACAACUCUCUACCACCACACUUCUUUCUCCCCGAACGAACCCCAACCAACCCCAAGAUCUCUCUUUCAUAUCAUAGUUUCUGUCGGAUGGAUGCAAUACGGUUAUUGCAAACGCGACCAAGCCAUGUGCAGCUCCAGAAAUCUGGAGACGAACACCCUACCAGUAGGAACGGUAAGGGAUGGACAGGGCCUGUUACUCUGAUUGGCCAUGACUUGCGGGGUCGUGAACUAUCUAGGACUAGUGUGCAAUGCUAUACACAGUAACACUUGACCAAUUUGGGGAUUAGUGUGGGCUUGGGCAGUUAGGGUUGCAGGGGAAACACUAGGCCGGAUUAAGUGGAUUUGAGGGCUGUGGACCGUGGAGUCGGGAAACGCACAUGAUCACCUCCUUUAGUA